GCAUUGCAGAUACUAUCUGAACUUGAUGUAUAUGCAGUUGUUGGAGCUAAUAAGCCACUGCAGCUAGUUGAUGUCAGAGUCCCUGUGCUGGAUAAUGGAGUUAUUGUCAUAAGAUUUGAAGGAAUUAGUGGGACUCCAACUGUUAGUGGGAUUUGCAUUAGAAAAGCACCCAAAUUGUCAGCACCUUUGGUGAAACCUGAGCAUCUGAUAUGUAACAAAUGUGCUGCUGAGAUAGAAGUUUCUCCAACUCAGACUAGAGCUCGAAGUAAAUAUAUUGCCAAGUAUGAGAAGAAAAUACACGAGCUGACUAGUCAAUACAAAUUAAAAUCUGAUGAAUGCUAUGAAGCAUGGAUGUCUCUAACAGCUACAAAUGAACAGCUGGAAAGGCUAAGAAUGGAGCUUGACAAUAGGCUCUUCCAAACUGAUACUCUAGAACAAGCUGUUGGAAAACAAACGGGCAAAUUGAGAGAUGUUUCUGAAAGGUAUGAACAUGAUAAGAAGUCGUGGUUUGCUGCUCUCUCUAAUUUGGAAGAAAAAAUUAAGGCAAUGAAACAAGAGCAAUCCCAGCUUGCUAUCGAGGCACAUGAAUGUGCCAAUUCAACACCUGACUUGAAUAAGAUGAUCAUUGCUGUUCAGACCUUAGUUACACAGUGUGAAGAUCUUAAAAUAAAGUAUAGUGAAGAGAUAGCCAAGAGAAAGAAAUUAUAUAAUCAAGUCCAAGAGACAAAAGGGAACAUCAGGGUGUUUUGUAGGUGUCGUCCCUUAACUAAGGAGGAGGUUUUAUCUGGUUGCACAACCAUAGUAGACUUUGAUGCAGCAAAGGAGGGUGAUAUUGGGAUCAUGACUGGUGAAUCUACCAAAAAGAUUUUUAAAUUUGACAGAGUUUAUACACCAAAGGAUGGUCAAGCUGAGGUUUAUGCGGAUGCAUCACCAUUGGUUACAUCAGUCUUGGAUGGUUACAAUGUGUGCAUAUUUGCAUACGGGCAGACUGGAACAGGAAAGACUUUCACAAUGGAGGGUAAUGAGCAGAACAGAGGAGUGAAUUACAGAACUUUGGAGGAAUUGUUUAAAAUUGCUGCAGAGAGGAAGGAGACGUUUAACUAUGACAUAGCAGUCAGUGUUCUUGAGGUGUACAAUGAGCAGAUCAGAGACUUACUGGCAACGUUCCCAUCAACAAAGAAGCUGGAGGUAAGACAGGCAGCUGAAGGAUUUCAUCAUGUGCCAGGGAUAGUGGAGUCCAAAGUAGAGAACAUAAAGCAAGUUUGGGAUGUAUUGCAAGCUGGAAGUAAUGCCAGAGCUGUUGGAUCUAAUAAUGUGAAUGAGCACAGUAGUCGAUCCCACUGGUCAGUAUCCUGGCAUUCUUUGUUAUUGUGUGAAUGUUAUUUUGAUGAUGUUAUAUUUAUAUACUCUCAUGAUUGUCAUCCUCCAUGCUUCAGCAUGCUUUGCAUAACGGUGAGAGCAAGAAAUAUCAUGAAUGGAGAGUCCACAAAAAGCAAGCUGUGGCUCAUAGAUUUGGCAGGAAGUGAGAGGUUGGCAAAGACAGAUGUGCAGGGGGAGAGGCUUAAGGAAGCUCAGAACAUUAAUAGAUCACUUUCAGCCCUUGGAGAUGUCAUGUCUGCUCUUGCAACCAAAAGCAGUCACAUUCCAUACAGGAAUUCCAAGCUGACACAUUUGCUGCAAGAUUCAUUAAGCGGUGAGUCGAAAGCUUUAAUGUUUGUGCAAAUCGGCCCCUCAAAUAAUGACUUGGGUGAAACUCUCAGUUCAUUGAACUUUGCAAGUCGAGUCAGAAAUAUAGAGUUGGGUCCUGCAAGGAAGCAGGUUGACACAGGAGAGCUUCAAAAGAUGAAACAGAUGCUUGAUAAAGUAAGACAAGAAUCCAGAAUUAAAGACGAGUCCUUGCAGAAGCUAGAAGAACACUGCCAAAACUUAGAGAAUAAACUGAGAGGAAAAGAACAGCUCUGCAGAAAUUUGCAAGAAAAGAACAAAGAGCUUGAAAGCCAACUUGAGUCGAAGGCAGAGUCUCAAAACUUAUCAGAAAAGCAAUAUUGGCAACUUUCAGAAAAAUUGAAGGGGAAAGAAGAAGCAUGCAUCACGCUUCAGCAAAAGGUAAAAGAGUUGGAAUACAAAUUGACUGAUCAACAACACUUUGAAUCUAUGAUUCUUCAGCAAAAGGUUAAGGAGCUGGAGUGCAAGCUUAAAGAAAAACUAUGCUCUGAAUCAGUACCUGUACAAAAGGUUAAGGAACUUGAAUACAAACUAAAGGAGAGACUGCAAUCUGAGCUGAUGCUUGAACAAAAGGUCAAGGAGCUUGAAAGCAAGCUAAGAGAAGAAAGAGAUCAGUCAAAAUCUAUGUCAUUGUUGCACUCUAAUGAUGCUCUCAAAUUUGCAACACCAACUGAAGGGAAAGCAUUUUCGAGGGAUGAAUCAACGAGUGAAACAGACCCUCAGAUUCUAAGAAGCUCAAACUCUAUUAACAAGCCACUGACUGGUCCGGGUUCCAUUUUGUUACGAGGAGCUGACCCUCUUCAUGAGAUCAAACGGAAAAGAGAACUCAGAAAUGCGAUGGUUGGGAAAUCUGAAAACAAUAUUACAACGCCAACAACCAUAGUAGAGAAAAGGGUACAACCAAGUGAAUUGGGCAAGGUUAGGAAAAUAGAUCCAGCCAAGGCAUUUGGAAGGCUGACUAGAAAGGUGGUUGCUACUCAAAAGGUGUUUCCGCAUAGCAGAAAUAACCUGGAGAAAGACAAGAUAAAAGUGUGGACCAGAUAAUCUGCAAAGGAAUUGGAUAAUCUGUAUACUUGUUCUUAAAUAGCACUUCAUAGAUUGGUGGUUUAAAUUUGAGACUCAAUUCGCUUGGAAAUGUAUGAUGGUAUUUUCUGGUCUAACCCAAGUAUAUUGGCUGUAUCACUAAAGAACAAGCUUACUGUGAAAAAUAUGUAUAUAUAUUUUUUCAAACC